AUGACCGCUCCCUGGCGGCGCCUCGGGAGUCUGGUUUGGGAAUACUGGGCCGGGCUCCUCGUGUGCGCCUUCUGGAUCCCAGACUCGCGCGGGAUGCCCCACGUCAUCCGGAUCGGAGGAAUCUUUGAGUAUGCAGACGGCCCCAACGCCCAGGUCAUGAAUGCCGAGGAGCAUGCCUUUCGAUUUUCUGCCAACAUCAUCAACAGGAACAGGACUCUGCUGCCCAACACAACCUUGACCUAUGACAUCCAGAGGAUCCACUUCCACGACAGCUUCGAGGCCACCAAGAAGGCCUGCGACCAGCUGGCGCUGGGGGUGGUGGCCAUUUUCGGGCCAUCCCAGGGCUCCUGCACCAAUGCUGUCCAAUCCAUCUGCAAUGCGCUGGAGGUGCCCCACAUCCAGCUGCGCUGGAAGCACCACCCACUGGACAACAAAGACACCUUCUACGUGAACCUGUACCCGGACUACGCAUCUCUCAGCCACGCCAUCCUCGACCUGGUGCAGUACCUCAAGUGGCGGUCGGCCACUGUGGUCUAUGAUGACAGCACCGGGCUCAUCCGACUGCAGGAGCUCAUCAUGGCCCCGUCGAGGUACAACAUCCGCCUCAAGAUCCGCCAGCUCCCCCUUGACUCUGAUGACUCGCGCCCGCUGCUCAAGGAGAUGAAGCGAGGCCGGGAAUUCCGCAUUAUCUUCGACUGCAGCCACACCAUGGCUGCCCAGAUCCUCAAGCAGGCCAUGGCCAUGGGCAUGAUGACCGAGUACUACCACUUCAUCUUCACCACACUGGAUCUUUACGCGUUAGACCUGGAGCCCUACCGCUACUCGGGCGUGAACCUGACGGGAUUCCGGAUCCUCAACGUGGACAACCCUCACGUCUCGGCCAUCGUGGAGAAGUGGUCCAUGGAGCGGCUGCAGGCGGCUCCCCGGGCAGAGUCCGGCCUGUUGGACGGAGUGAUGAUGACGGACGCGGCCUUGCUGUACGAUGCCGUCCACAUCGUGUCUGUGUGCUACCAGCGGGCACCGCAGAUGACCGUGAACUCCCUGCAGUGCCACCGGCACAAGGCCUGGCGCUUCGGCGGCCGCUUCAUGAACUUCAUCAAGGAGGCUCAAUGGGAAGGAUUAACUGGACGGAUUGUUUUCAACAAAACCAGUGGCUUACGGACGGAUUUCGAUCUGGACAUCAUCAGCUUGAAGGAAGAUGGCUUGGAGAAGGUGGGAGUGUGGAGUCCCGCCGAGGGGCUCAAUAUCACGGAGGUCGCCAAAGGCCGAGGCCCUAAUGUCACCGACUCGCUGACCAACAGGUCUCUCAUCGUCACCACCGUGCUGGAGGAGCCCUUCGUCAUGUUCCGGAAGUCCGACAGGACCCUGUUUGGGAAUGACCGGUUUGAGGGCUACUGCAUCGACCUGCUCAAGGAACUGGCCCACAUCCUGGGCUUCUCCUACGAGAUCCGGUUGGUGGAGGACGGGAAAUAUGGGGCACAGGACGACAAGGGCCAGUGGAACGGCAUGAUCAAGGAGCUCAUUGACCACAAGGCAGACCUGGCCGUGGCCCCCCUGACCAUCACCCACGUCCGCGAGAAGGCCAUCGAUUUCUCCAAGCCCUUCAUGACCCUCGGCGUGAGCAUCCUCUAUCGCAAGCCCAAUGGCACCAACCCUAGUGUCUUCUCCUUCCUCAACCCCCUGUCCCCAGACAUCUGGAUGUAUGUGCUCCUCGCCUACCUCGGUGUCAGCUGUGUCCUCUUUGUCAUCGCCAGGUUCAGCCCUUACGAGUGGUACGAUGCUCACCCCUGCAACCCCGGCUCUGAGGUGGUGGAAAAUAACUUCACUCUGCUGAACAGCUUCUGGUUCGGAAUGGGGUCCCUGAUGCAACAAGGGUCUGAACUGAUGCCCAAAGCCCUGUCCACGCGCAUCAUUGGUGGCAUCUGGUGGUUCUUCACGCUGAUCAUCAUCUCCUCCUACACGGCCAACCUGGCUGCCUUUCUGACCGUGGAGCGCAUGGAGUCACCCAUAGACUCUGCGGAUGACCUGGCCAAGCAAACCAAAAUCGAGUAUGGGGCAGUCAAAGACGGCGCCACCAUGACCUUCUUCAAGAAAUCCAAGAUCUCCACCUUCGAGAAGAUGUGGGCCUUCAUGAGCAGCAAACCUUCGGCGCUGGUGAAGAACAACGAGGAGGGCAUCCAGCGGACGCUGACGGCCGACUACGCGCUGCUCAUGGAAUCGACCACCAUCGAGUACGUCACCCAGAGGAACUGCAACCUCACCCAGAUCGGGGGCCUCAUCGACUCCAAGGGCUAUGGCAUCGGCACGCCCAUGGGCUCCCCGUACCGGGACAAGAUCACCAUUGCCAUCCUGCAGCUCCAGGAGGAGGACAAGCUGCACAUCAUGAAGGAGAAGUGGUGGAGGGGCAGCGGGUGUCCUGAGGAGGAAAACAAAGAGGCCAGCGCCCUGGGCAUCCAGAAGAUCGGGGGCAUCUUCAUCGUCCUAGCCGCCGGGCUGGUCCUGUCUGUGCUGGUGGCUGUGGGCGAGUUUGUGUACAAGCUCCGCAAGACCGCAGAGCGAGAGCAGCGCUCCUUCUGCAGCACCGUGGCUGACGAGAUCCGCUUCUCCCUUACCUGCCAGCGUCGGGUCAAGCACAAGCCGCAGCCUCCCAUGAUGGUUAAGACUGACGCCGUCAUCAACAUGCACACGUUCAACGACCGCCGGCUUCCGGGCAAAGACAGCAUGACCUGCAGCACAUCACUGGCCCCCGUGUUCCCCUAG